AUGUUAAAAAGAAAAAGGGCCAAUCUAAAAGAAAUUCAAAGCUUAGUGGGGUCAAUAAAUUUUGCCAGUUUUCCAGUGUACAGGGGACGCUUACAUGAUCGAGCUCUCCUGAAACAUUGCCAUCAGUUACUGCGUUGCAAUCCUCGGCUGCAAUUUCCGAUACCAACCGCUGCCUUGAAAGAGUUGGAUUGGUGGAAACUCAACCUGACUCGGCCCUCGCUCCUUCAUUUCCCUCCCAUUUCGAAUUACCUGGUUACAGACGCCUCAGAAGUAGGAUGGGGAGCUCAGCUGAACAAUCUGAGGUUGUCGGGCCAAUGGACGCUAGAGGAAGGGCGUUUACAUUCCAAUCAAAGAGAAAUCCAAUCAAAAAGAAAAGAAUUAAAAGAUCAUUGUCCGCACCUUGUGGGAUCUUCGAUGCUAAUACAGAGCGACAACCGCACAGUUGUUGCGUACUUGCGAAACGAAGGGGCUGUGUUAUUAUUAUUGUGCUCUGGCCGUCGUGUACAUGAUCUUAUAUUACUGGAUAUUGAAGACAACAAUUGCUUGUUAAAGGACGAAUCAAUAAUUUUCUGGCCUAAAUUUGGGUCCAAAACUGACACGGUAUGUAAUAGACAGUCAGGAUGGCGUAUUUAUAGAAACAAAGAUAAUCAAUCCCUAGACCCAUAUUUUUGGAUACAGAAAGUUAUUCAGUUGUCUCAGUCUAGACGUGCAAUCUGUAAAAAGACUAGCUUAUUCUUAACAAUUUGUGGUCAACCAAAAGAAGCUUCGAGUACUAAUAUUGGUAAUUGGGUUAAGAAGAUUUUAUGUCAAGCAGGUAUCAAAGCUAGCCCAGGUAGUUGUCGACCCGCAGUCGCUUCAAAAAAUUGGAUCCAAAAUUGUCCGUUAGAUGACAUACUUGCACGAGGGAAUUGGAGAUCAGGAAAUACUUUUCUAAAAUAUAACUGCAGAGAAAUUCAAAGUUCUUCAUUACCGUCUAGCUCUAAAGGUGUAUUACAAUUAUUUACUCCUGUGCCUGAU